CUGGAAUUCAACAACGACUGCCAGUCUUUGGCACUGCUUUAGUAAAGGCUUAUUGCAUAGUUUCACAGAAAACUGGUAUUGUAUUUCACUGGGUUUGGGUUUGGAUAAUUGUGACGAUAGCACGUUUCUUUGAGUGCAAAUGCACUUUGUGGACAGGGAAUUCUACUGCUCUCAGUUACUUCCCCAUCUGGAUCCAUCUGUGAGUUUCAGCCAAUUAGCAGAGGCCCCCUGAACCCCUGGCACCUGUCCCUGUGCCAUGCCGAAGAGUGACACGUGGCCGGGCAGCGUUGCCAUGGAAUCCUUGAUCAGUAUGGACAGCACUGGGAGUUGUGACAGUGUGGUUAGCAUGAACUCUGGCUUUAGUGAUGACAGUCUGGAGCACCUCUCUGCUGAGGAGCGGGCGUGCCUCAUGUUUCUGGAGUCCACCAUUGAGUCCCUGGAGAUGGAGGAGGACAGUGGCCUGUCAAAUGAUGAGCCAGACCCCAGCAGCCUGGCAGCCAAACCUGGCCACCUCUCUAUGGGACAGACCAGACUGGAGGAUGUAUCAGAACUCCAGCAUGCUGACUCAGGAAGGGAUCAGAAGUCCUUUCUGAACUGCAUAGUGCCUACACCACUUCGAGUGGCAAAUAGCCUUGCGAGUAUCCAGCUCAAAGCGACAGCUUCUGCCACCCAGCCCACUACUCCAGCUGCAGCAAUUGAGCCCAGAGCCCCAGCCCCAGUAGUAGCAACCCAGCUCAAUACCCCAGGGGCAUUUACUGAUCUCAAACCUCCAGGGGUAGUCACUGAACCCACAGUCUCAGAGGUAUUCACAGACAGUAAAGCUCCAGAGAUAGCAACUGUGCCUAAGUCCCCAGAGUUGAUUACUGACAUCAAAUCUCCUGGGUUGGACACUAUUACAAAAGUUCCGGAGUUGUCCACUGAGUCUAAAACUCCAGAGAUAGCUGCAGACCCAAAAGCUUCUGCCUCGGACACAAGCCUUUCCUCAGCCACCUCAGAUAAUUCUGUGGACAGCAUGCCUAAAGGAGUCUCUGUAGACAGCAAGUCUGCAAAACGUCAAUCUAAGGUUCACUCUGAGCUGGAUCUGAAGCUGAUUCCCCCUCCCUCAGACUUCAGGGAUGAUGAGCCAGAGGAGGAGAGCGAACUUCUAGUGCCUGCAGAACUCAGAGUUCCACUGACCUACAGUGAGCUGGAGCAACUACGCAGGAGAGCUCCACCAGCCUCACCUGGAGCCCAACAGGCACCACCUUCUAAACCUCCUGUUGAUCUGCCUCUACCUGUUAGUACCAACUCACCACCCUCCCCCUCAGAGGCCCUAACCAUCCCCAUUCCUGAGGCCCUGGAAACAAAGAACCCACCUGCCGUGGCCCCUAAGCCCAAGAGGCUUCCCUCCAACAUCAUCCAGAAGUCCCACAAGUCGGAUAGUCACCCAGGCCCUCCUCUCCCCUUGCCCAUUGACAGGUCGAUCAUUGACCCCCAGAAGGUGCGUUUGGAGGCCCUACGGAAGCUCGGGCUCCUGAAGGGUGAGGAUGGAGACUCAGGCCCUGUAGUUUCACCCAAAUCCCGGAAGUCAUGGGCACCCUCUCCUCGCAGCCCAGCUGCCACCCAGACCCAAGCCCCAGCCCAAAUCCCUACUACUUCCCCAGCCGCUACCCCUGGCCCAGUCCCAGCCACUCUCCAUACCCCAAUCCCAGUGCCUGCUGCAGUUGCUGUCCCAGCUACCACAGUACCAGCCCGGGCCACUACCCUUGCUCCACUUCCAGCCCCAAUCCAAUUCAGUGACAAUGCCAAAGAUCUGCUCUCGCCCCUUGCAACCCCUCCUUCACCACCCAAGCAUAUUCCCCCUCCCGUAAGGGUCAAAUCAGCCACUCUGGAGCGCUCCAGCAUGGGCCAGAGAAGCUACAUGGCCAGCAAUGCCUCCCUCAGGGCAAACCAGGCUCCCAGUGUCCCUUUGUCCCCCAGAGACCAGCGUAACUCUAGACCCCGCCCGGCCUCCCUAGGAACUGGGAAAGACUUCAUGAAUGUUCAGGGUGAGGCCUGCCACCCCCAACCAGGUCAUGGGGAGUCUCAGAACAAGCUGCCCCGCUCCCAUGGUAUCAGUGUGCUGAUCUGCCCCAACAGCAAGAGUGGAGAAGACCGACGAGAGGCCUUGAAGAAGCUAGGACUGCUGAGCGACUGAGGGAAGGGAGAGGGGAAAUGGAACUGCACCAUUAUGGAAUCCAUAUGAGGGGUGAGGUCUGAGGAGGAGGAAUGUUCUUAAUAUGGAUUCUGUAUAACUAAGCCCUCCUCUAGUUUUUAGUCACUGGGACACUGAAACUUAUGGGAAUAUUACUCUCUCCAUAAGGCCUUCUUUGAAGCAACAUGCAGAGAGCACUAUUUGUUUGAUGAAGGAUUGCUUGGCUUUACCGAAACCUGUAUAUUUAUAGAGGGGAGUGUCUUUUUGCCUUCUUGCUGCACAGAAAUGUUGUAUGUACCCCAAGACUGGCUUUCAUGAAUAACAUGAUUACAGUAUCAUACUACUAUGAGAUACUACUCUAACAACAGUUUGCAGUACAAUGAGUAUGUAUGUACAUUCCUCGUGAAAUGUGUUAGGCUGUUUGUGAAUCUAAAUUGACAUAUUCAGUAAUUUGAUCAUUGUCUAUUUUCUAAAUAGAAUAUAAUACACUUUAUGUAAGGA